GAACCAUUGCGAUCGGAGGUGUCUCCUAUCCUCGAGCCGGCGUACUACACGAAGAAGCCUCGCUAAUUCAACCUGCCUGCAGUAGAUUCUCAGUUCGGCGAAGGUCUGACAGUAUUUUUUUAAGCGUCAAAUUUAAGCUUUCAUCUGAGAGAAGAAAAUCGAAGGGAAACCAAGUUCAAAAGUUUCAUGUGUUACGACGUACAACGAGAUGAAGCUCACGCAAAAGUGUCUUGGGAAUAUCAGCAAGAUGUUGGACUUUUAUUCGCAAUUCAAUCCUUCGCCGCUUUCGAUAAAACAGUUCAUCGAUUUCGGCCUAAGUGCCUGUGAGAGGAAAUCCUUUAUAUUCUUAAGGAAGGAAUUGCCGGUCCGAUUGGCCAACAUUAUGAAAGAGAUCCAUCUAUUGCCGGAGAAUUUAUUGAAAAUGCCUAGCGUGGGUAUAGUUAAUAAUUUAUACGCCACUUCGUUCGAGGAUAUCAUGCAGUUCGAGAAGGUUGAAGUCAACGAUAGCACUCUAGACAAAUUCUGUCAGACAUUGGUGAAAAUUAGGAACAGGCAUAAGGACAUCGUCGAAACGAUGGCGCAGGGUGUUUUAGAAUUGAAAGAAUCCCACGAUGUCGAUGUCCAGACGGAAAACAAUAUUCAAUAUUUCUUGGACAGAUUUCUCAUGUCUCGAAUUUCCAUUCGUAUGUUGAUCAAUCAACAUACUCUUUUGUUCGGUAGCGAAUUAAAUGGACACAGUAGACAUGUGGGAUCCAUAGAUCCAUCCUGUGAGAUAAGCAGCGUUGUGAAAGACGCGUAUGAGAAAGCGAGAUUACUGUGUGAUCAAUAUUAUAUGGCUAGUCCGGAAUUGAUAGUCCAGCAACAUAAUGAAUACGAUCGAUGUAGCCAAAUUAGAAUAGUUUACGUACCGAGCCAUUUGUUCCACAUGCUGUUCGAACUUUUCAAAAAUAGUAUGCGAGCGGUUAUGGAACACCAUAGUUCCAACGGGGAAUAUCCAGCCAUAGAAGUGAUCGUGUCGCGUGGAAAAGAAGAUAUAUGCGUUAAGAUGUCCGAUAAAGGUGGCGGUAUUCCUCGCUCGCAAAUGGACCAUUUGUUUAAGUACAUGUAUAGCACGGCACCUAGGCCAACCAAAACCGAUGCUCAUACAGUUCCACUUGCCGGAUACGGUUAUGGUCUUCCAGUAUCUCGAUUAUACGCCAGAUAUUUCCACGGUGAUCUCGUUCUUCAAAGUUGCGAUGGUUUCGGUACCGAUGCGAUCGUAUAUCUAAAGGCUUUGUCGAACGAAGCCAACGAGUUAUUGCCAAUUUUCAACAAGACUUCCUCCAAAUUUUAUCGAACUCAAGUAUCGACCACCGAUUGGAGCAGUCAUUGUGGUGGUGGAAUGGCUACGAGGCAAUUACGUAUGAGUCAUGUUCAAGGACACAAACUUCCACGUGGAAUGGAAGUUAGGCAUUGUUAACGAAAUUUCAUCUCUAUGGACCAAGGAAUGUUUCAGUGUUUCCUUUUUAAUGAGAUGUUUCGCUUACGAGCACCGAUACGAUCGGCGGAACAGAUUGAGAUUCGACAGAAUUGUUAAUCAAGACAACUGCUUCCGCUAUAGGUGGAAAAAGCCUUGCGACUUUCGUGUCACGAUAUCUAAAGAAGUAGCAAGGAUCCACAAUUGAGAUCCUUCGUAAUCGAGUAUAUAUUUUUCACGAUAAACCGUAGAUGACCGUGAUGGUUACAGCGACGUUAUUGCCUCGUCAAAAAUGUCUUACUGUUCGUUGUGCCCGCGGUUAUACGAUGCUCACAUAUCACGAUUCUUGAAAUUUAAAUAUUUCUGCAUUUUAAACAUUUCCGAUAUAUUUUUUUUAUUAAUUUUAUAAAUUUAAGUUUUUAAGAUAUUUUUAAAAAUCGUAGAAUUAAUCUGAAUGUUCCAUCAACAUUAUUUCUUUAUAUAUACAUAUAUAUAUAUAUAUAUAUAUACAUAUGCCGUGCUUUUAAUAAAUCAGCAUUUUAAUUCUCUUUCUUCGAACAUUUUUUUGUUCAAACAUAAAACUGUUCAAACGUAUGCUGACUUAACUUUGUGAUCGAUCGAUACAAAAGCGAGAAGGAAUUUUCCACUCGUUAGAGGAAUUUUUAUAAAAAA